UGAAACCAUUUUCAACCAGAUAUCAGUACAGCUCCAAAUAAAAAAGUUCAGUUCAUUUUCAACGCUUGAGCGAGCAAGUUUGGUGAUUUUUUUGACCAGUUACAAACAAAUAAAAUAUAAAAGAAAUCCACCGAUCUGGCUUUCUUUCGUAAACUUUCGUCAUCUGCCAAGAUGCCGCUGCCACGUGUUUAUUUUGACAUCGCCGCCGGGGACACGAAAAUCGGACGAAUUGUGAUGGAACUGCGUUCCGAUGUGGUGCCCAAGACGGCGGAGAAUUUCCGGGCCUUGUGCACCGGCGAGAAGGGCUACGGCUACAAGGGCUGUCCCUUCCACCGGGUCAUCCCAAACUUUAUGUGCCAGGGCGGCGACUUCACCAGACAGAACGGCACCGGAGGACGCUCCAUCUAUGGGAAUAGCUUUCCCGACGAGAACUUCCAGCUGAAGCACACGGGACCGGGCAUCCUCUCGAUGGCCAAUUCCGGAGCCAAUACCAACGGUUCGCAGUUCUUCAUUUGCACCGACAAGACCGCCUGGCUGGACAAUAAGCACGUUGUGUUUGGCCAGGUGGUCGAGGGCAUGGACAUUGUCCAGAAGGUGGAGUCCUAUGGAUCGAACAAUGGCAAGACCAGCAAGAAGAUCAUAAUCGAAGACUGCGGUGCCCUUUAAAAGAAGCCAGUAUCUACACGAAUCACUACGAACUCUACAAGCUCUGCUACUAAACACACACGCCACACCACGCUCGCAUUUCACGCCACUUUUCGACUCAUUUUAGACUCACUUUAGACUCACUUUAAUAUCGAGCUUAACAGGUCGAACGGAACAGAAAAAUAUACAGACUUUGCUAUCGAGCUUUACACUUGGAUUGGAGAAGCAAAAUACAUUUACACUUAAAAAGCUAAUACAGCGAAAUGUUACACAUUUGAUCGGAAGAGAAAAAAUAUACAAAAUACAUACGCAAAA